CUUAGAUAGUACUUAUAAUUUAUUUAAUAAUUUUUUCUGUCACCACUUCCCCCCUCUCUCUCAAGUUAGCAUUUAAAAACCACAUUACACAACAGGUCUACGCAUAAUCAGAGUUUCGAUCUGCCGCCAUAUUCAAGCAGUUUCACAUUUAAUGUGAACACGUUCUCCUUCCAUAUCUCUCACAUCGUUAGACUCAACUCAAACACAAGACAAUGUCUAUUCACGGACGGUUUCCUCCGAGUCCACCGGUCUCUUCAUCUCCGGCGUCUUCCUCAUCUCCAAAUUCUCAGUCACCGUCACCUCCUGAUCUGAAACAAAGAGUCAUCGCCUGUCUCAACAAGCUCGCUGACCGCGACACCUUAGCUCUCGCCGCGGCCGAGCUCGACUCCAUCGCCAGAAGCCUCACUCACGACUCCUUCUCCUCCUUCCUCAGCUGCAUCCACAACACGGACUCCUCCUGCAAAUCUCCGGUGCGGAAACAGUGCGUCGCCGUCUUGUCCCUCAUGUCUCGCCACCACGGCGACUCUCUCUCUCCCCACCUCGCCAAGAUGGUCUCCACCGUCAUCCGCCGUCUCCGGGAUCCGGACUCCUCCGUCCGCUCCGCCUGCGCCGCCGCUACCGCGGAUAUCUCCGCUCACGUCACGGCGCAACCGUUCACCUCCGUCGCGAAGCCGCUCAUCGAGACGCUGAUCCAGGAAGGCGACUCGAACGCGCAGAUCGGAGCGGCGCUGUGUUUGGCGGCGGCGGUGGAAGCCGCGGCGGAUCCGGAGUCGGAGCAGCUGAGGAAGUCUCUCCCCAAGAUCGGGAAGCUGCUGAAGAGCGAGGCUUUCAAGGCCAAGGCGGCGCUUUUGAGUGCGGUGGGGAGUAUCAUAACCGCCGGAGGCGCGGGGACUAAACCGGUUUUGGAUUGGUUAGUUCCGGUUUUGAUCGAGUUUCUGAGCAGUGAAGAUUGGGCGGCGAGGAAGUCAGCUGCGGAGGCGUUGGGUAAAGUCGCGGCGGCGGAGGAGUUGGCGUCGCAGUACAAGAAAGCUUCAACGGCGGCACUUGAGAGCAGAAGGUUUGAUAAGGUGAAAAGUGUGAGAGAGACUAUGAAUCAAGCAUUGAGUCAGUGGAAAGAAGUCUCAAGUGGUUUAGAUGAAGCCUUGUUGUCUCCUUCUAGAUCUUCCACUGAUGAUGGUGGCAGCAUUGGAUGCUUUUCAUCAGUCACGAGAAGUUCAAGCAUUGAGGUUGGUUACAAGUCUUCAAGACCAAAGAAAGCAACGCCUAUAAUGAAGAGGUCCCCAUCUUUACCUGUGAGUAGAUCAUAUGGAACAACUAGACAACAAAAGGAGAAUCUUCCAAAAAGGAAUGUGACCAUGUUAGUAGCAGCUUCUAUUGUGGAUGAUAAGAAGGGACCACAGUUUCCACCGGUAAAGCAAUCUUUGGAAGAUCGGAGUAGUGAAAGCGUUGAAUCGAAGGAAGAUGAUGAGGCCAGCUCAGGGGGACCAGAUAUUAUCAAACAUACUAUCUCUGAGAAAAGCAGGGAGGAUAAGAAAGGACAUGGCUUUUGUGGUGGUUUGAGGUCUGGCUCGAGGGUUGCACCAUGCAGUGACGAUGGUGAUGAUUCUUGUGAUCCGGUUGUGAAGAAAUGUAAAGAUGAUGUUGAUGAGAGCAGGAAAGACAACGAGGAGCUGUCUUUGAUACGUGAACAGCUUGCUAUGAUUGAGAACCAGCAGUCCAGUCUCUUAGACCUACUUCAGAAAUUCAUGGGAAGCUCACAGAGUGGGAUCCAGUCUCUGGAGUCUCGAGUAAGCGGUCUAGAGAUGGCUUUGGAUGAAUUAUCAUGCGAUCUUGCGGUUUCAAAUGGGAGAGUCCCUAAGAGUAAUAGCUGUGGAGGAGAGAGUUGUUCAAAACUACCUGGUACAGAGUUCUUAAGUCCCAAGUUCUGGAGAAAAACUGAGGACAGACCAAUGCAGACACGGACCAGAAACGCAGCAAGUGAAAUGGCUGCUCAGGAAAACAGUUUUGACCAGGGGAUAUCAACUGAUGUGAACAAAGUCGGUCAAAGGGGAGGAAGUUCUGUUUAUCAGAAGAGAUCAGCAAGAAACCAGUUCCAAGACUCUAUGCAUACAACCACCAGAUUAUCUACUUGAGGAGUGCACUUGAGUGAUUCUAUUUUUUUUUUGUUGGGGGAAGAGGGUGAUGUGAGGAUUGAAGCACAAUAGCAGCUGACCAGACUGAUUCAGAUUAAUUGUGCAAAAGCCAAAUCUCAGAUUCGAUGCUUUGCUUCAACGGCCUGUUUGAAUUUUCAAGUCUCACUCACAUGUCUUAGUAACCUUUCUCUUUUAGAAAAACAUUCUAAUAAUUUAAUCAGUGGGAGUUUUAAAGAUCAAAUGCAUGUGAAUAGAAAUUAUAUUUAUGUGAUGUGUCAUUGGAGUUAUGUCAAAACCAUGGACGGAGAUAGAUGUAAACAUUUGUGUGACUGUUUGGUGUUACUCUUGAUCUGUAUAUCUUUUCGAAAGACAAUGAAUUAUUGGUUGCUA